AUGCUUUGCUGUUGCUGUGCUCGAGCGGGUCUUUCGCGCCGAGCCCAUUCGUCGAUCACCAACCGGGACAUUCAUCAGGCGAUGUCAAAGAUUACGAAUGUCCUUUGUGCCUUUGGGCUUAUCACGGCCCUUGGUCUUGGCUUCGUGGUGCCACGCCAUGCAGUGGGAAAGCCUUCCGCCUUGUCCCAUGCAACAGUGGACGCACGAGUACAGAGUGCAAACCUCACAAGAGGCUCCACUGCCAUGUACGGUGUUGCAGUUCUGGCUACUGCAGCAGCUGGACUCGUAGCCCGUGCCAAGCGAUCCAGAGUUGCUGCACGAUCACAGCCGUCGCAUGGCAGAAAGUUCGAAUACUCCAUGCAGAAGGAUUCAUAUGCCGAUUACGAGUUCAUCAACGAGGUCGGCUACUUGCCCGAUGGCACGCCGUUGAACAAGGCCGGCAAUGCCAUCAACCAUCCCGAGACCAUCGGACCGGAUCCACACACGCCGGGAUCGCCACUGCCUCGGGCCAUCUUCACCAACUCCGUUGGCUACCUCCCUGAUGGAACACCUCUCAAUGCAGCAGGCAACGCCGUGAACCAUCCUGAGACCAUGCAGCCGGAUACACACAUUCCCGGUUCGCCUUUGCCCCCGUCCUUCUACGCUGCCGACACGGGCUACCUGGUGGACGGCACGGACAUGUCCGUGGCCGGCAACCUCUCUGUUCAAGGCGGGGCACCUGCGGCUGCACCAGUUGCUGCGCCUGCACCUGGCGCAGCAGCUCCUGCCGCCAUGCCUGGCAUGUCGGUCUCAAUGCAAGAGGUGGAAAGUGCCCAGAAAGCCUGGGGAGAUGCUAUCAGAAACAUUUCAAGGACCUACUUGGACGGCGGGGAUUAUGUGGCGGUGGCCGCAAACGCAGCAGGAGAGCUUUACGGAUAUGGCCACGGAAAUGUGCUUUUCAAGCCGACGAAAGCUUCGGAUGUUCAAUUCCGGCCGGAGGCGGGCCAGGCCAUGUCCUACUUCGUAGGCGGCGACGCAGUGGAAGGUGGAAUUUCUGAAGACCACGGCUUUGCAAUCAACGGCGGCAAGGGUUGGUCUGAUGUCGUCUUCAACAACCACCAGAUCGACUUGAACGGUAAUGUUGCCAUUGCGAUGGGCAACUAUUGCUUCACUUCUGCAUCAGACGGCAGCAUCAGCAAGGUGGAAUACACUUUCGGUUACAAGAAAUGCCAGGAUGGCAAAGUUCGUAUUUGCCUUCACCACUCAUCGGUUCCAUACCAGGGAGCCGGCUUGUCAGUCACAAUGGAAGAGGUGAAGGCUGCCCAGAGAGCGUGGGCAGAUGCGAUCAAAAACAUUUCGAAAGCAUAUUUGGAUGGGGACGAUUAUGUGGCAGUGGCCACUCGUGCAGCCGGCGAACUGUAUGGUUAUGGCCACGGUAAUGUCCUCUUCAAGCCAACCAAGGCCAAGGACAUGCAGUUCCGCCCGGAAGCAAGCCAGGCGUUGUCCUACUUUGUGGGGGCUGACGCCGUGACGGGUGGCAUUUCCGAGGACCACGGCUUCGCAAUCAAUGGCGGCAAAGGUUGGUCAGAUGUGCUGUUUGACAACCACCAGAUCGACUUGAAUGGGAAUGUUGCCAUUGCCAUGGGCAACUACUUCUUUGCCUCUGCCGAGGAUGGAAGCAUCAGCAAGGUGGAAUAUACGUUCGGGUACAAGAAGUGCCAGGAUGGUCAGGUGCGCGUUUGUCUCCACCACUCGUCAUUGCCUUAUCAGGGUUCUCCAACACCCGAGGCUCUCAAACAAGCAAAUCUGCAUGGAUGA